AUGUCUGUGAAUGAUCUGAAUCCUGGAAAAUUAAAACUUCAAAGAGAAAAUGUGGUGUUCAAGAACUUAAAGACUGGUAAAGUCGAUCAAUAUUCAAGCAGUGAUAUUGAGUCUGUCUGUUGGCUGAAACGUGCCUGCGGUAAUUGCCUCAAGAUCAUACUUCAAAGUGGAAUAAUACACCGCUAUGAUGGAAUACGAGAAACAGAAUACGACAAAUUGUCAUCAUUUGUUAUGAAACAUUAUGAUACCACCUUGGAGAAAAUAGAUUGUUCUGUUAGAGGCUGGAACUGGGGUGUGACCCGUUUUAGAGGUAAUGCCCUCAAUUUUGAAGUUGAGAAAAACAUGGCCUUCGAAAUUCCUUUGACCAAUGUCUCACAUGCAACAACAAACAAAAAUGAAGUCACUUUGGAAUUUCACCAGAAUGAUGAUGCUGCUGUCUCGCUGAUGGAACUGCGCUUUCACAUCCCAUCUGAACUGGAAAAGGAUGUUGUGCAAGAAUUCUACAAAAAUGUCAUGUCCAAAGCAGACAUUAUCCAGGCCACAGGAGAUGCUAUUGUUACAUUCGAUCAAGUACAAUGUCUUACACCCAGAGGUCGAUAUGAUAUCAAGAUCUACCCUACAUUUCUCCAACUCCAUGGUAAAACAUUUGAUUACAAAAUUCCUUACGCCACUGUACUUCGGCUUUUCUUACUUCCACACAAUGACAGACGCCAGAUGUUUUUUGUGGUCAGCUUGGAUCCACCUAUAAAGCAAGGUCAGACGCGUUAUCACUUCCUUAUUUUACUUUUUAACAAAGACGACGAGAUGACCACAGAACUAGCCUUAUCAGAAGAAGAAAUACAGAAGAAAUAUGAAGGAAAAUUAACUCGUGAGAUGUCUGGUACAGAGUAUGAAGUCAUUAGCAAAAUUUUCAAAGCUGUUGUUAACCGUAAAAUUACUGUUCCAGGUGUUUUUGUCAGCCAAAAAGGAGACCAGGCGAUUGGUUGUUCUUACAAAGCAGCUACAGGUUUAUUAUAUCCAUUGGAAAGAGGACUAAUCUUUGUUCACAAACCUCCCAUUCACAUUCGAUUUGAUGAAGUCUCUUCUGUUAACUUUGCCCGAAGUGCUGGCAGCACUAGGUCCUUUGAUUUUGAUGUAGAAACCAAGUCCAGUAAUACUUACACGUUUGUUGGUAUUGAAAAAGAUGAAUAUGGGAAGCUGUAUGAUUUUAUCCGUAGCAAGAAAUUAAGAGUCAAAAAUUUUGGUUCCAAAGAGAAAGGUUCAUAUCGCGACGACAUGGUUGAUAGCAAUGAUGAGAGUGAAGAACAACAUGAUGCCUACUUAGAAAGAAUGAAACAGGAAGGAAGAGAAAGAGAUGAAGAUGAAUCAGAAGACGAAUCAGAUGAAUCUUUCAAUCCUGGAGAAAGUGGCAGUGAAGUUGCAGAAGAAUAUGAUAGCAACCCUGAGACCACAUCAGAUUCGGAAAGUGGUGAAGAUGGAGAGCCAAAGAAACCAAAACCUAAGAAACACAAAGAAAAGAAAGCCUCCAAACCUAAAGAAUCCAAAUCCAGCAAAUCCCGGAAGAAAAAGAAGGUCGUUGACCCUAAUCGUCCAAAACGUCCAUUAUCAGCCUACUUCAUUUGGUUAAGUGAAAAUAGAGAAAAGAUUAAAGCUGAUAACCCUGGCAUUUCCAUUACAGAUCUUACCAAGAAGGCUGCUGACGUUUGGAGAAACCUCACUGACAAAUCUAAAUGGGAAAAACUUCAAGAAGAAUCUAAAGAAAAAUAUAAUCAACUUAUGGAAGAAUAUAAAAAGACAGCUUCUGAAAGAGCUGAUAAUGAUGAGAAUUCAUCUCCAGCAAAGACACCUAAAAAGAGCUCUGCUCGAAAAUCCGACGCCAAUGUCAGUCGAGCUACCGGCGACUAUAAGAGCAAAGAGUUCAUCUCCAGCUCUGAAUCCAGUUCAAACGAGGACAAACCAAAGAAAAAGAAAAUGAAGAAAGAGAAGCCUGAAAAGGCAACAAAGGCCAAGAAAACUGACAAGAAAGAAGAGAAGGAGGAGAAAGACGAUGACGACGAGGAAGUGGGCGAGUUACCAUCUGAUGAAGAAAUCCUCAGUUCUCCGGAAGCUUCUGAGUCAGGAUCGGCCGGUUCGGAAGAAGAAGAAGAAGAGGAGGAGGAGGAAGAUGAUGAAGAAGAAGAAUAAUAAAGAUAUCUCAUCUCCCCCUCCCCUUUCCACACAAACACAUAUACAUAUACAUACACACACACGCACUCACACACACUUCUUAUUCUUGACUAUUUCACCAGCGACAGACUUAUCUGAUAUUUACUCUGUUAUUACUCCUUUUUUCAUCUGCCGACGUCUCAUCGUUGGGGAGAAGAGAAACCAUCUUAUUUUUCCCUUUUGUUCUUUUUUUUUUUUGUUCCAUGUUUUAGGUUACACGUACAUAUACACACAAAAACACAUAUAUAUAUUUAUAUAUGUAUAUUGUUUUUUUUUUUGUUUUUACUUUUUCUUAAAUUCAUGUCAAAAUAUAAAUAACAAAUUAUGUUUGUUUAAAA